UACGUAGUACCUGGUUCCGCGUGGACGUCGUUGUUUUAUUCUUCGUUUCUUUUAGUUCGUGUUCUAACAACGAUUUACGUUGAUCCUACUCGUUUCGUAUAUCCCUUGUUUAUCGACACAUCGCGCCGUUUAAGCAUAAAGGACGGCUUCCAUCGGCUUGAUGAUCUGCAUAUCCAAUAAGCAAGGAUUUUGUGGCUCAAUGAGAUGCGACACACGUAUGGAACCUUUGGGAGGAUGUCGAAGUCGGGAAGCAUCAAGGAUGACGAGAAGGGGCCGUAUGACCCGGUUCCAAUCGCCGACAAAGCCAACGACGAGAUCAAACUAGAGGCGAAGAUGUCCCUAUUGAAUGGAAUUACCGUGAUCGUUGGCUCCAUUAUUGGUUCUGGCAUAUUCGUUAGCCCGACCGGCGUCCUCAAGUAUACAGGAAGCGUGAACGCGAGCCUUCUGGUAUGGACAGCUUCCGGUAUCUUCUCCACGGUAGGUGCGUACUGUUACGCGGAACUAGGUUGCAUGAUCAGAAAGUCGGGUGCCGAUUACGCGUAUAUCAUGGAGACCUUCGGACCAUUUCUGGCGUUCAUCAGGCUCUGGGUUGAGUGCAUGAUAGUCCGGCCUUGCAGUCAGGCCAUCGUUGCCUUGACUUUUAGCGUUUACGUGCUGAAGCCAGUGUUUCCGGAUUGUGCACCGCCGGACGAUGCCACGAGGAUAUUGGCAGCGUGCUGCAUCUGCAUAUUGGCGUUCAUUAACUGCUGGGACGUAAAAUGGGCUACCAGGGUGCAAGACAUUUUCACAUACGCAAAAUUACUCGCUCUUUUCAUCAUCAUCUUCGCAGGAGCUUAUCAACUCUUCACUGGACACACGCAGUAUUUCACGUUCGACAAUACAAACACAGAAGUGACGUCGAUAGCACUCAGCUUUUAUUCGGGACUGUUCGCUUACAACGGCUGGAACUACUUGAAUUUCAUCAUCGAGGAACUGAAGGACCCUGUCAAGAAUUUGCCAAAGGCUAUUGCUAUCUCGUGCGUCCUUGUUACAACAGUCUACGUUUUCGCAAACAUGGCAUUUUACACAACGCUGAGUCCAGUGGAAGUUCUCGGCAGUGAGGCUGUAGCAGUCACGUUUGCGAAUCGUUUGUUCGGUAUGUUCGCCUGGAUGAUACCAGUAUUCGUCGCCCUUUCCACAUUCGGCGCUGUAAAUGGAAUUCUUCUGACAUCCUCCAGGCUCUUCUACGCUGGCGCCUGUGAAGGUCAAAUGCCUGAAAUAUUAACGAUGAUCCAAAUUUCGAGGCUCACCCCUACGCCAGCUGUCCUUUGCAUGACUAUGUUGUCCAUGUUGUAUCUCUGCUCUUCCGACAUCUUCGCCCUCAUCAAUUACGUUGGUUUUGCUACUUGGUUGAGCAUAGGAGUUUCUGUCCUCUGUCUACCAUGGCUCAGAUGGACACAACCAAAGCUGCUCAGGCCCAUCAAAGUGAACCUCUUCUUCCCCAUAAUCUAUAUUCUUGCCACCCUCUUUGUAACUAUUGUGCCCAUGUAUGCCAGUCCUGUGGAAACAGGAUAUGGUUGCCUGAUGAUCCUCUCAUCUAUACCCGUAUAUUUUGUGUUUGUCGCGUGGAAAAACAAGCCCAAGUUGUUCCAGAAAGGAGUCGGCGCCGUUACCAAAACAUUGCAGAAGAUGAUGGUAGUCGUCGGACCAAAGACUAAGGUUCAAAGAAGAAAAGAUACACUCUGAUAUAAUCUUACUCUCUUCAUGUCACGCAUGUUUAGCAUCUCUUGAUUUCUAUUAUUGAUUCGUCUAAGCUUAUUGCUUUUCGAUCAUCGUGCAUGCUAAUAAUUUUGACAAAUCUGAAUCUUCACGAGCACUGUAUUAUUUGUAUAUUUUUGAUUAUCUAUCCCGCCACCUUGGGUAGUUUUUACUGUAUUAUAAUUUUUAUAUUCACAUUACUAGUUAGAAUUUAAUCGUUUAAAUAUUUUAUCAAUUUUUGACAUAUUAUCGUCCAUAUAUUUUGGUUUAUUUUUUCGUGAUAUAAAGUUUCGUAAUAUUAUUUCUACAUAUACUAGUCAUGUAGUUUUAUACCAAUUUAGAGUUUCAUAAGUAUUGGUUGAUUCGUCUUUAAGUUUGCUCAAACAUUAUUCAAAUUUACGUUUGCAUGUUGCACUCACAUAAUCAGCACCACGCUGACACUAACUCGUACAUGCUCUUACAUGGUGCACCAGUACAAAUUACGAUUAAUGUACUAAUAUGUAAUUCUGAAAUUGAAGUCCGACUGCUGAUCUUUCUAAUUUUUAUUCCUCGAUCGUGGUGUCGUCUGUUAAUAAUUCAUUAAAUCAUGCUCUCGAAUAGACGCUACUUAUAAUUUUUCUAAUAUUUGAGAAUUUAGAAAAAUGUAGUACAAUUUAAAAAAAUAUAAAUUAUUAUUAAAUAAUUAUAAAUGUUACUAUAACUAUAAAUAUAAAUAUUAUGAUAAUUAUAAAUGUACAUAUAACUUUAAAUAUAAUUCAAUUAUUGGAUUAAGCAGACGAAAAAUUAAAAAUAGAGAUGGAACGAAGAUUAAAAUCUAGGGUUAUUUUUUCAAAAAUUAUCUUACAUAGUGAAAUAAUUAAACUGUAAGUGUUGUUUCAUUUUAUAGAAAAAGAUAAUUUCUAUUUUAGAGCUUGACGACUUUACAUCGAGAUUGAAACUCUAGCUAAUCAUCUCUCUCUCUCUCCCAACACCCCCCUCCCUCCCUCCUUCUCUCUCUCUCUCUCUCUCUCUCUCGAACACGCUAUAUAAAAUAAAUCAAAUUACUAAAUUCCUUCAAUCGU